AUGAUCAGGCCCGAAGGAACGGGGGUGGGGAGCCUGUACCCUCAACUUUCCAGUGAUGGAGAGGUGAUCAGGUCCGAAGCAACGGGGCUGGGGAGCCUGUACCCUCAACUUUCCAGUGAUGGAGAGAUGAUCAGGCCCGAAGGAACGGGGGUGGGGAGCCUGUACCCUCAACUUUCCAGUGAUGGAGAGGUGAUCAGGCCCGAAGGAACGGGGCUGGGAGCCUGUACCCUCAACUUUCCAGUGAUGGAGAGUGAGGGAGAGGUGAUCAGGCCCGAAGGAACGGGGCUGGGGAGCCUGUACCCUCAACUUUCCAGUGAUGGAGAGGUGAUCAGGCCCGAAGCAACGGGGCUGGGGAGCCUGUACCCUCAACUUUCCAGUGAUGGAGAGGUGAUCAGGCCCGAAGCAACGGGGCUGGGAGCCUGUACCCUCAACUUUCCAGUGUGCGACGCUAUUCUCGACGAAGGUGAUUCGGUUUUGACAGAAGAGUUUACCUACGCAUGCGUGUUCAAUACGAUUAUACCGAUUGGGGCGAAGUCCAGCUCGGUAAAGUCUGAUUGUGAUGGGAUGCUGCCGUCCAGUUUGGAGACAGUGUUGUCUAGCUGGGAUGAACAGACUGAUGGCAGAUGUCCUAGGCUUAUGUACUGCUGUCCGUCUGCCGCCAACCCCACGGGAAUCACGUGGUCACUGGCGAGAAAACAAGAGAUCUACAAAAUAGCCAGAACAUAUGGCAUACUCAUUCUUGAAGAUGACCCUUAUUUCCUGAUACAGUUUGCCAAGCCCAGAGUGCCGAGCUUUCUCUCUCUGGAUACUGACGGUCGGGUGAUUAGACUGGACACUUUCACAAAGCUCUUGUCAGCAGGGGCCAGACUUGGCUACAUGAGUAGACCAACAGACCUUCUGGAGAGGAUCACUCGACACAUGGUGACCACCACCUGCCAUCCGGGAAACCUCUCCCAGAUUUUUAUUUUGAAAGUGUUGCAGCACAUGGACCACGAUGGAUUUAUAAAACACGGAAAAAAAGUAGCCGACUUCUACAAACAAAGAGCUCAAACAGCGGUCAGAGUGGCCGAGAAAUAUCUCACUGGACUUGCAGAGUGGGAAGUUCCACAUGGUGGAAUGUUUCUGUGGAUACAUAUGCUAGGAGUACAAGACAGUUCCAAAGUGGUCGCCAUGGCAAUGGAGAGGGGUGCUAUAUUCACUGAUGGGGCAUUCUUCACGUCUGCGCAGAAACCAUCGGAAUACAUCAGGAUGUCAUUCUCUUUGAACAGUGAGGAAGAACUUGAUAAGGCAGUUAAUAUUCUGGCCACAGUUAUCAGAGAAGAGCAACAGCUUUAA